UUCUCUCUUUACACAAACAUGAUGAAGGGCAAGUUUGCAAAGGUGUGUGCAAAUAAGUUGAGGAAGAUAGGGAGCAAAGGAAGCGUACCUUCUUCUUCCUCGUGCUGUGAGCAAUGCUGUCAAUGGGCUAUGUGGCCAAACUCCAUGCAUGAAGAGAAUUCGAUUCCAAAAGACGUCCCAAAGGGUCACUUGGUAGUUUAUGUUGGUGAAAACCACAAGAGGUUCGUAAUCAAGCUCACCUUGCUCAACCACCCACUCUUCAUAGCACUCCUGGAUCAAGCUCGAGAAGAAUAUGACUUCAAUGCUCAUUCGAAACUCUACAUACCAUGCGAUGAGAAUCUCUUUCUCGAAGUUGUUCGAUGCGCUAAGCUCUCCAGAUGAGCAAGCUAAGGAACUUCUGAUUAUGAGAAUUCAGUACUAAUGGAGCACACUGAUGUCUGUAUUUAAUUGAUUCAUCAUGAGGUCUGUGCUACAAUAACAAUGCAAGCAUAUAGCCUUAUUUUGUUGUAACUGUAGAGAUGUAAACCGUUAAUAUAUCA